GCGUGGUGCGUGCGCGUGCGCAGGAUCAACGAGGAGCUGGAGACGGUGGACGCGAACGACGUGCGCGCGCUCGAGGCCUUCCUCAAGAAGUACCGCAACGUGCUGCACUCGCACCACUACCUGGCGCUGUCGGCCAAGCACUCGCUGGCGCAGCUGUACGGCAAGGCGCAGGGCUUCACCAUCCACGAGCUCUCCGACGAGCUGCUGGCCCGCAAGCGCGACAUCUGCCGGGAGCUGGUGCGCGUCUUCGACGUGCUCGAGCCCGGGCUCACGCGCCUGCGCGUUAGAAAUAUUAGUGGACGUGCUCGAGCUGUGCCUCAUGCGCCUGCGCGGGAUUUUGCCUGUAAUCGAGCUUGCUAUGCGGCGCUGCUCAUCCUGGCGACGCGUGGCUUCGAGGCGCGGGCCAUCGCGCCCAAGGAGUUGGCGGCGCGCCUCCAGGAGGUGGUGGCGUGCCUGGAGGAGGCGGCGCGCAUCCUGGCGCUCGAGCCCGACACCUCCGCCGAGGGCAUCAUGGGCCAGGCGGCCGCCGACGCGCUGCUGCGCAUGCGCGACUGGCACCGCGCCGUCGACGCGCUCUGA